UUUGUUUUACGUCUGUUUUUGUCUGGUGCAGGAUUUACAGUCUGCUCUUCGGAGUUUAUCCUAAGCUCCAAGCACCCACUGAAGCAGGCAGACCGUGACGGGUCAGCACCUUACUGGCUGGGGACUGCCCAGCUUAAGGCGGGCGGUAGCUGACCAGUGGGAUACGAGGAUCCCUCCCACCGUCGAAGACAACCCGUAGCGUCCGAACUCACGUCAAUAUGCUCUGGGCUUAUAACUCGUAACUGCUGUCUCCCGUGUUGUUACUGCUGCUGGAACAGCAGCACUGGAGUGACCUCUCCAGGGCGCAAGCCUGGGCAAAGUGUAUGGAAAUCCUAAGCUGCCCAGUUAUUAAGAUCCCCCUCUCGGCCUCGCCGGUGUAGUCCAAAGGAAAGCAAAGCAGUACAUUUGGCACCAGGUUGGCUGCAGGAGCUGCCGGAGUUUGCAAGUACUGCAUGCUGGUCCGCCUUCGGGGCUCCACUCCGGAUUUUAAGGGUUUACUCCCCUACACAUGGCCAUUGGAUCAUCACAGAUCUCCUCCGCCCCCUAGCCGUUGGCUGCCAAAUGCUGCUCCUCCGCCUAGUUACGAUGCAGUGUGGACAUCAUCCGUAACCCUGGAUAGGGGCCCAUACCGGGUACUAUCAACCGGAGCCAGCUGAACCCGGGACUCGUGUAGGGCAGGGUCGUCACUCCCUGUAGUAGUGGACAAUGCCCACUACCCACUACCCGCAUGUCAUACAUAAUGCAUAGUGAAAUGAAAUAUAUUUUGAAGGCAAAGCAAACAUUUUUUUAAUUAUAAGGAAAUAAAUACGUAGCCUUACAUAAAUGAACAAAAAUAAGUCCAAAGUGCACUAUAACAUAUAAGAUGUUCUGAACCUCCCAAACGGGCGUCACUAGCUUAUAAGAAUUAGGGGGGCUUAGCCCCCAGGAGGUGACCAGGAUGUAAGUGAACGUAACAUUAUAUAGGCGGAAAACUCUCUGGUGACUUGAAGUUCCGCUCUGAGACCCCCAAUUUGGCCAACUUUCAAAAUUGUCUGAUAUGCAUGUGAGAUACAUCACUGGAAAGCUUAAAAUCUCAAUUUUGGGGGGGAAGAAAAAUUUUGAACAGGAGGGCAUUUAAAAAUAAAUAAAUAAAUAAACAGCGAAACUCUAUUUGGAGGUGAGAGCAUGAAAGAGCAGAAUUAAAGACGCCAUGACUUUAACAAGAUAUUAUCGCGUAGUUACCUUGUUUCGAUCCAAAAACUAGCAUGUAGCAUGUAUCACUGAGUGUCAAGACAUAGCUGUGAAUUGCCACAGCUGGAUUUUUGGGGGAUUUUAUGGUUGAAACAUGGUAAUAUAACAAGGGUCGCGAUGCAGCUAUUUGUUGUUCCAAAAAAAAAACAAAAAAAAACGUGUAUUUGAACCAAUCAGAGCUAACUAUCCAUGCUGAUCACUUGACAGGAUGUCAACCAAUUGAACGGACAGCAGAGUCCAGGUUUUUUAUUUUUUAUUUUUUGUUGUUGUUACCUGCAUGUACCGGGUGACGUGACUUGUCGGAUACAGAGAGAGACACUGGGAAGAACUACGCAGAAUAAAUACAUGAAUAAUAAAUAUCGGUGGAAAUGGAUCACGCUACAGAAGCUCUUCAUUAGGCUUGUUGUGAACACAUGUGUACAUAAAUCUGACAUUAGUAGAUUGUUCUCACUGGAUUUUUUUUUUUUUUUUUUUUUCAAACAUGGGGUUUUGAUAGUUGCCGUCAUAUUUCCGGCUGUAUGUCCAAAUGGCGUUCCGGCCAUAAAUCUUAUGCAGAAACGCUGUUCUGGCCUGUUCCUGCACACUUUCACCCUCUGAUGCGAUAGCAUUCCCCCGCCUCUCCUGCUUUCUUGACGAAUGGGCUGGCAGAACAAUGACAAUCACGCUCAUCUCAUUGGUCGACGAGGUAUUGUUGGUGUUGGUGUUGCUUGCCUUGAGGGAAAAUGAAGGCAGCAUUUAUUGCUGAAGGACUUUGAACACACUAAAAUUGUUUAAAAAAUAAAAAAAAACUUCAGAAUUUGUUUGCAUGUUUAAAAAAAAAAAAAAGCUAACUGCCAAAAAACACAAAGGGUCAGAACCUUAAUAGUUCGGAUGCCUGAUAGUAAAUGGUGUUAAUACUUAUAUAGCGCUUUUCCACCUUUCAAGGCGCUCAAAUGUUAAUUGUAUUCUAGUAUUUUUUGUAUUACAAAUACAUUGCUGAUCAUUUUAUUCAUGUGCUAAUAUCACUCAAAUAUGUACCUAAUUGAUUCAGUUUUAUGUAAAAUCAUUAUAUAAUUGUAAUUUUAAAAAAAUCACUUUUCACCUACAAAAAAUAAAAUGAAGACUGGCUCCACCAAUGAGGUGUCCCUUUUUUCCUGGGAGUUGGAAACCCUAGUAAGAAAAGUCACAGACAUCUGAAUAUUUGUCGGAGGUAUGUAACAGUGUCUAAUAUAAGUAGGUAUGUACUGUAUGAAUCAUUCAUUUAUACAUACAAGCAUACUUUAUUGGGACAAUAUGUUAAAGAUAUGAUAUUUAGGGCAUAUUACCUUGGUCAGACAUGACAAAAUAUCACAUGAAAUAGAAUAAAUCAGUAAAUAUCAUAUACUAGUAGGCGCCAAGAUUUUCCUAAAGGAAGCAACGCUGGAGAUCCUCCUGUGUCCAGUAGACUGCUUCUCAGCAGCUUGCGUUUUUUAGUGGGUCUUUUUCACUUACUGAAGGCAUGUUUUGUUUUGGUUGAACUUUCCUGUAUUGCUUCCCCAUACCCCCCUCACAGGAUGUGGAUUGUUUCCUCUAUAGGCCAAUAAACCAGUUGCGUGGCUGGUUUGCUUAAGUAAUGUGACUUGAAAGAUAAUAACUUAUGCUAUGGCGCGCUGUUUCGUGUAAUAUCCCAUCAUGAAGUCGGUACAGUACUCUGCUCACUGUCCUUCCCAACAAAAAAAUCAGACAACUUCUGAGAGUUCUUGCACCCACUCCCACCUCCAACAACAGUUCUUUAUGUACACUAGUAAGACAAGUACAUGUAACUCAUGAGGAAAGAAAACUGCACAACUUGGCAUCUGAUACUGUUUAAAAUAGUGAACGAGCAAUAUGUUGACUACUAUAUUUUUUGUCACUGUUUGUACUAAUGGCGUUCUUUUCAGUUUUUUUUUUUUUUUUUUUUUUUUUAAUAUUAGUACAGAAAGUGCAAAAACUUGUUGGAGAAAAAUAUGGUAAAAUAAUCUCUUUCCUAGUGAUUACAGUGUACCAGCACAGAUUUUACUGGAUAUUAAUAUUAUCGAAUAAAUGUUAAAAUGAUAGAAGUUUCCAUAUAAAACGAGUUUUUUAAAAAAUGGAUGCUUGAGGAGUUAAAAAAAAAAAAAGUCUGGGAGGAGUCUUUGUGCUGGAUGACAUGUGAAACUUUGGAGCGUUUCACGGAGUGUUGACUGCAUUACUGCACAAAGCCUGCAGAGAGAGCAGAGCAGAGCAAAGCCUGCCUAUUUAACUCCCCAAGUCGGCGGUCAAAUGGGGGGAAAUGACGGUGCAUGAAGAUUUCCCGAGGCUCAGCUCCCGAGUAACUGAACACGCGGUCCAAAAGAACUCUGCAACUUUUUUUUAUUGCGCCGCAGACGAAUAGCGCUGCCAUGGCUGCCCCGUGCGACACUUUGAGCGGAUACUUGCAGCAGCAACAGUCGGACCAGGGUUCUAACAGUGAGCGCAGCACAGACUCGCCUUUGCCGGGCUCUGAGGAGGACCUAAGCGGACCCCACCAGCUGCCCGACCCGGAGUGGACCGAGGAGCGGUUCCGUGUGGACCGAAAGAAGCUGGAAUUCAUGUUACUAGCCGCUUCAGAAGGGAGAGUGAACGGUGGGGAGGAUUUCUUUCAAAAGAUAAUGGAUGAAACGCAAACACAGAUAGCCUGGCCUUCCAAACUCAAGAUUGGUGCAAAAUCAAAAAAAGAUCCACACAUCAAGGUGUGCGGCAAGAGGGAACACGUGAGGAACGCCAAAGAGAGAAUUAUGUCAGUGCUCGAUACAAAGAGUAACAGGGUAACGCUGAAAAUGGAUGUCUCGCACACGGAGCACUCCCACGUGAUCGGCAAAGGCGGCAACAAUAUCAAGCGGGUGAUGGAGGAGACGGGCUGCCACAUCCAUUUCCCCGAUUCCAAUAGGAACAACCAAGCGGAGAAAAGCAACCAGGUGUCUAUUGCGGGACAGCCAGGAGGGGUGGAGGCGGCCCGAGUUAAAAUCAGGGAGCUGCUCCCUCUUGUACUUUCUUUCGAACUCCCAGCUAUCAUGCAGUCGGAUCCCAGCUCGCCGAGCGUGCAGGCCAUCUCACAGACGUACAACCUGGCCGUGUCGUUCAAACCCCCGACGCGGCUGUACAGGGCCACUGGUGUGGUGCGUGGCUCCCAAAACAAUGCCAACGCUGUAAAGCGUGGGACAGCUCUGCUACUGGAGCACUUGGCAGGCAGCCUGGUGAGCACCAUCUCAGUCACCACCCACCUGGACAUCGCCCCCCAGCACCACCUCUUCAUGAAAGGCCGCAACGGCAGCAAUAUCAAGCACAUCAUCCAAAGAACUGGCGCCCAGAUCCACUUCCCUGACCCCAAUAGCCCCCAGAAGAAGUCCACCGUCUACAUCCAGGGCACCAUCGAGUCGGUGUGCCUCGCCCGGCAGUACCUCAUGGGCUGCCUGCCGCUGGUGCUCAUGUUCGACAUUAAAGAGGAUGUGGAGGUGGAACCUCAGUGUAUCACGGCCCUGAUGGAGCAGCUGGAUGUCUUCAUUAGUAUCAAACCCAAACCUAAACAGCCCAGCAAGUCUGUCAUAGUGAAGAGUGUGGAGAGGAAUGCCGUGAAUAUGUAUGAAGCCCGGAAGUUCCUCUUGGGUCUGGAAAGCAACGGCGUGUCUUGCUGCUCACCCCCUGUGGCCUUGAACCCGGCCCCUAACGGGCCCUCACCAUCCCUCAUCUGCCCCGUUGGCCUGGAUAUUUUGGCCUCAGCUGGUCUGGGGCUCAGCAACCUGGGCUUCCUGGGUGCGACGGCGUCUCACUCCCUGGCCAACUCGGCCGGCCCCAAUGCUAUCCUGAACAACUUAAACUCCACCAUCAGCCCCCUACAAGCCCCUAGCACACCCACGUCCUCUCUCUGGCCUAGCUCUCUCACCAGCACCCAAGCCUUCUCAUCCCAGCUAAUGCUACACCCAGCCACCCACGCCACACUCAGCAGCAUCCUUCUAUCAGGCGUGCAGGGUUACACGCAGAACACACCCUCCCCUCCACCGGGCCUGGCGCCCAUCGACAAGCAGUCCAACGGCGUCUCCGACUGCGCCAAGGCAGCCUGCGCACUCAAUGGCCACGUUAAGCAUUCGGGUUCAGUCUACUCGAGGAUAGCCACCGCGUCACUUGCUGAAACAGUAAUGAGUCCAGCGGCGUGCGACUCGGUCCAAGAGGCCAGCGGACACAAUCCGUCAGAGCCCCUGUCGACCAAGUCCAGCACCGAUGAAGGCCCGGACACAUUUGUUGAGGUGGGCAUGCCAAGGAGCCCCUCGCACUCAGCCAGCGGCAGCGAGCUGAAGCAGAUGCUGGCCUCAUGCAAGACAUCGUCGGGAAAACGGCAAGCUGUAGAGCUCCUUCAGGGCACCAAGAACUCCCACUUACAUUCCGAUUGUCUCCUGCCGGACGCCGAGUCCACUUCGGCAGACAGCCCUGUAGCCGACAAAAGGGCGCCGGGCAGCGAGCGGGCGGCCGAGAGGGCGGCGCAGCAGAACGAGAGGGAACGCAUCAGAUUGGCCCCACAGACCUCCUUUGCCAACAUGCAGGCAUUUGACUAUGAACAGAAAAAGCUGCUGGCAACCAAAGCUAUGCUGAAGAAGCCUGUGGUGACGGAGGUGCGGACACCGACGAACACCUGGAGCGGCCUUGGCUUCUCCAAAUCCAUGCCGGCCGAAACUAUCAAGGAGUUGCGAAGAGCCAAUCAUGUGCCCUACAAGCCUAGCAUGAGUACCACGUAUGAGGGAUCCCCACUGUCCCUGUCCCGCGCCGGCAGCCGUGAGGGCGUGACCAACGGCAGCGACUCUGACAACUGGCGGGAGAGGAACGGCACAUCCAACGGGCUGCAGGCGCACGCGGAGUACCCCCCUGCUGUGAGCAGCCCCAAGAGGAAGCAGAACAAAUCUGCCGCUGAACAUUACCUGAGCAGCAGCAACUACAUGGACUGCAUCUCGUCGAUGACUGGCAGCAACGGCUGCAGCCUCAACUCCUCCCUCAAAGGUUCAGACCUGCCUGAGCUCUUCAGUAAACUGGGCCUGGGGAAGUACACUGAUGUCUUCCAACAGCAGGAGAUCGACCUCCAGACAUUCCUGACUCUGACUGACCAGGACCUGAAGGAAUUAGGCAUCACCACAUUUGGCGCCCGCAGGAAAAUGCUACUAGCCAUCUCAGAACUUAACAAGAACCGGCGGAAGCUAUUCGAGCCCCCUAUCCGCUCAUCCUUCCUGGAAGGGGGAGCAAGCGGUCGCCUCUCCCGUCAGUUCCACGCCGAUAUUGCCAGCGUCAGCGGGCGGUGGUAGGCUGUCCAGGCGCCGUCUGUUUCUUCCUAACGCAGGACCGCCUUUGUUUAUCUGCUCAUUGCGCCUCUUUCAAGCUCAGGCCGUUCAUGGCACCAUCUUGUAUAAACACUACGAAGCCAUAGUUUACCUUCCAAGUGCCAACCAACAUGAAGAUAUAAAGGAAUUCCUGAGGUUCAGUGUUCACUCCUGUCCGAGCCAUUAAGUCUAUCUGAAGCAUUUCUGUGUGGAUGUUAUUGUUGCGGUUCUGACUAAGGGUACUUCAGUAUUUCAAGGGAACAGGCAGAAUGAUUAGUACAAUCAUUUUACCCACUGAUGCCGCUGCAGCCGUGUCGGUGACAUGCACUUUAACGUUACUAGACUUUUGCCUGUGAACGCCUUCAUAGCUUAGUUUGGAAUAGGAAUAAUAACUAUGCAUUGGACUUCAAAAGCACAUAUGCAUUAUUUUGAUGUUGUUGUAUUAAGCCAAAUGCAAGCACUUAGUCUGCCAGUUUGAGGGGUGGGAGGCCACAGCCUAACAAAGUGUAAAAUAGGUCAGCGCACCAAAGUGGAGGACUUCGUGUCGCGUACCAAAAAGAAGUAUUGAGUGUUUUGAUUGGCAACAUACCUCCGAAGUCGGUGUUUAUGUUCAGCAGCUGUUCUGCCAUCUCGCCACCGUUUGCGUCCAGUGUAUUUCCCAGAUGAAAAUAUUGUACUCGGUUUUUUUUGGGGGGUUUUUUUUUUUUUUUACUCCAAUGUAAGGGGAAAGGGGGUGUGUAUACUGGUAAUCAGUUUACGUAUGUAUUUUUUUAUACAUUAAGAAUGACACAAUAUGAUUUUCUUUGAUAUUACAUGUAUAUUUUCAUUUUAUGUUUCCUCGGUCUGUGGAGCGUUCAGAUGACAAUGGGAAGUUUUCGUCUGUUUAGCAAAUGCCUUUUUUUGUCCUUUCUGCUAUUCGAAAUCCUACAAUGCACUCCUCUGCCUUCUCCGCGGAGCAAGGAACUCGUAAGGUCACUUUUUGUCGCCUCAAGUGCCAGUCAACUUGUUUUUCUUGCUCUAAAAAUGACUGCAUCUCACAGGGAACAAAAAAAAGUCAUUUGAAGGAAUGCAAUGAAAAGCUAGAAUGUCCAUCUAUCAUGUUUUGGGUUGUCUUAAUUUCUGUUAAAAAAAAAAAAAAAAAAAAACUGCCUCAGCACCAUUGAAUAAACUGAGAGGAUGAUACUUAUCACUUAUAUCAUAAUUGUCAGGUUUAAUAGGCAUAUUCUUGAAGAUUUAGAACUAGAUUUGAAGCUCAAGUGCAAUUAAAAGUCAGUGUGUUCAUAUUUUUCAGUAUUAAAAUGAAGGGUCAAGAUUUUCUUUUUUGUGUGUUCAAAAAGUGCCUUAAAAGAUGCAUCUAAUUUGCCAUUAUUUCUAAGAUUUCAGACACUUUUGCGUCUAAUUUGAGCCAUUGUCAAUGCAGUUUUUCAUAACACUAUAGCAGAGUCGAUCAUUUUCUGACGAGGUUGCGAAUGCUAACCAGGUAAAUUUGUGUAUUUUUGUAAUGAAGUCUUAAAAAAAUACUUAAUAGGAGAUGAAACUUUAUCCCGAGGCACUACUUGGAAAGUUGUGAUGCGAUUUGUUGUCCUCUAAAGGUCAGCAUCUGGUCUCAACCGUGAAUGUUGUUUAAAAAUAAAGCGCUUUAUAUCAAAGGUUAGAUUUUUUUUUUUUUUUUUUUUUUUUUUUUUUUUACUUUUUUUUUUUUUUGUUUUUGUUUUUUCAUUUUCGGAUCGUGAAGUUGAAAAAGUUUACUACCAGCUCUUCUCAAUAUGUCACACAGCCUUCAAUGUGCGAUUAUGUUCAGCGAUGCCAAAAAUGGUUUAUUGGAAAACGUCUGUAUUACAGUUCCAUGGAACAUUAAUAACAAAUGUAAAGAACCACUAGACAAUUCAGUUUGUGCAACUUAUGAAUCCUGAAUAAUUGUUUCUGUGAAAACUACAUUUCGGUACCGAAGGAUAAUGUACAUCAUGUUCCAAAAAACUUUUGUUCACAGUCUGUUAUUUCAUUAUCGUAAAGAAGUAUUUUUUUGUUUUUGAAAAACCAUAAAUCAGGAAAACUUCCUGUUUAAACAUUGAUAUUCUGAAGGUAAUAAAUGUAUGACGAAUUCCUCUUUUCUUAACUUGUGGUUUGUCUGGGAAGUAUUCCAUCUGGUGUUUGGUUAUCUUCAAAACGUUCCAGCAAGUCUCGAGGGAAACUGAGAGCGGAGAGUCACGGGCGUCGCUA